AUGAACCACAAUCUGUCGGUAAGAGUAGAUAAAAGCAGCAAGAAACCUGAUCAUUUAGUACUUACAUUCCUCAACCAAGGUGGCCAAACAGGAAUCUAUAUGGUAACAGUCUAUGCACAAAAUAACUUCACUAGGGUCGAGAGAGAUAUGGACCAUAAACGUGGAGCAGUCUGGGAAAUGAAGAACGCCCUUCAAGGAAGUCUAAGUUUUAGAUUGUUUGUAUACAGUGGAUAUGAUCGAUCUUUUGUAUACUCCAACAAAGAUUUGCCAGCUGACUGGAAAGUUGGAAAGAUUUAUGAUUUGGGUGUUCAGAUGAAUGAUCGUAUAGACAAGCGAGAUGGCUGCAUCCCUAAUUGCACCGAUUGA